AUGGACUUGAAAUGGAAAUGCAUGGAAGCGCAGGAAAUUUGCUCAGAUGUGGUGGAAUCCUUCCAUUCAACAAGGGAGAGCAUUGCAUCGCAAGCAGAUGCUGAUCAAGCAUUAAAGCAAAAGCUCAGAGACUAUGAACUCAAGUUAAGUGCAUCGCAAAAGAAAAUUAAAUCACUGGAAGACGAGCUGAAAGAAUCGAAUGUGAAGAGAAACCGCAUCAGCAAGCUGGAACAUGAUCUUGAAACUUACACGUCCGUGCAAGACACCAAAAUCUCCUCAAUGCAGGCGCAGAUCCGUGAGCUGCAACUCAAGUUGCAUGCUGAGCAGGUGAAGAACAGUGAGUUGAAGAGAGGUCUAGAAUACAGCAGAUCAAAUCCUGCAUCUUAUGACAAGAUGGACAAGUACGGCUCGGACGGCGGAGUGUCCGACAGGCAUCACUUUGAAUAUUGCAUGUCCUUAUUGCGAGAUGCGAAUCGCGAAUCGGUCUUCUCGGAAGCGAAGACGCAGUCCCAGGCUUCUCACACGUCCGACGCAAUGAACAAUGGCAGUGAUCCCGAGGAAAGAACCUUUGGAACAUCCUUGGGUGGAAGGUUUGAAGGUAACGGGGCUUGCGCAAACAAUCGAUCAGACUACACCGCUCUCAACGAUCCCGUCGAUGUGUCCCACUCCUCCUUUUCAAAGCAGACGUCGAAGGACCUGAUCUUCCCCCAAUCACCAAGACGAGAAAUCAAGAAGGAGACGUCAUGGGGCGCGCAGACGAGCACGCAGGCUGGGUCUCAGUUUGAGCAACUUCGACCAGCAACACAGUCAGGAAUUACACCAGGUUCUUUGACAGCCUUGGCGAUCCACGGAGGUCUGGAGGUCAAGAAAUGUGAAGCCUGA